UCACCUUUGCGGACUUGACGUGAGUUUGGAUUCCAGUCGAGUUUGUAGGAGAAACAGCAGCUCGAACAGGAGGAAACACAGUUCGGACGGACGGAGCUGGGACGCGGACACACGGCGACACAGCCGCUCAGCAACCCGGACACACUUCAACAGCGAACCCCGCAACUGACCCGCAACAGACCCGCAGCGGAGGGAGGAGAGAGAGGCGGCUCUCUGCGGGGAAAUCCUCUUACUGAGGCUCAGGCAGGGCGGACUGCUGGGACAGAAAUGUCUCGGCCGAGCAGCAGGACGAGUCCGGGGCUGUAGCACUAUGCGGGACAGAUUCAGAGCGAGGAACCGCCUGGAAGAGAAGAAGAGACAGGAGGAAGAGGAGGAGGACAAGAGGAGGAAGAAGAAGUGACCAGAUGAAGAUGGGAGGAAGGAUCCAGCUGCUGUGGCUCUGCCUGCUGCUCUCUGACUGCAGAGGCUCCGCCUCCCCACAGACGGCCGACUUCUCCUCCUAUCAGCUGACGGUGCCGCGGCCAAUAGGAAACAGGCAGAGGCGGGACGCGGACGGCAAGCCGCCCAAUCAGGUGUCCUACGCCCUCAGUGUGGAUGGGAAGGAUCAUGUCGUCCACCUGGAGAGGAACGAGAUGCUGCUGCCUGAAGAUUUCACAGUUUACUCGUACAGUGAGAACGGCUCGCUGCUCACCAGCAGACCAGCUGUGCAGAGUCACUGUCAGUAUCGGGGCUACGUUCAGGACGAGCUCGGCUCCUCUGUCGCCAUGAGCAUCUGCAACGGCCUCAGAGGAGUGUUACAUCUCUCUAAUGAGAGUUAUGGUAUCGAGCCUGUAGGCUCCGCCCCCGACUCCGGCCAGCACUUCCUGUACCGCCUGCAGGAUGUGACAUCACAGCCACGGGGGUGUGGCAUGCUGCACACUGACCACACCCACCUCAACGCCACGGAGCACGCUCAGUACGAGCCGGAGGAAAUCCACCACAGAGCGCACAGCAGGGUGAAGCGUGCUGUGCUCCAUCAGACUCACUAUGUGGAGCUGCUGCUGGUGGUCGACAACGACAGGUUUAAUUAUAUGAACAGGAAUGAGACGGCAGUGAGAGAGGACAUGGUUCAUCUGGCCAACUAUGUGGACAGUAUCUACGUGCAGCUGAACGUGCGCGUGGUCCUGGUCGGUCUGGAGAUCUGGUCUCAGCAGAACCUGAUCAGCACCGAGGGAGCGGCAGGGGAAGUGCUGAGUCGCUUCACUCAGUGGAGAGAGAAGGAGCUGGUGCCGCGCCGCCGCCAUGACUCAGCACAGCUCAUCCUGAAGAAGAGUUUCGGCGGCACAGCAGGAAUGGCGUUCGUCUCCACCGUCUGCUCCAGGAGCCACGGGGGCGGGAUCAACGCCUUCACCAAUAACAACGUUCCCUCGUUCGCCUCCAUCGUGGCUCAUGAGCUCGGUCACAAUCUGGGGAUGAACCACGAUGACGGUCGCUCCUGCAGCUGCCCCGUCGCAGCGUGCAUCAUGAACUCUGGAGCCACCGGCUCGAGGAACUUCAGCAGCUGCAGCGCCGACGACUUUGAGAAGAUGAUCCUGCUGACGGGAGGAAACUGCCUGCUCAACGUGCCGCGGCCCGACGAGGCCUACAGCGCCCCCUACUGCGGGAACAGGCUGCUGGACAUGGGCGAGGAGUGUGACUGCGGCUCCGAGAAGGAGUGUGAGCAGGACCCGUGCUGUGAGUAUAAGACGUGUAAGCUGAGGGCUGGAGCUCAGUGUGCGUAUGGAGAGUGCUGCCGCAGCUGCCAGUUCCUGCCAGGUGGAACAGUGUGUCGCUCCAGCACAGACGAGUGUGACCUGCCAGAGUUCUGCAACGGCUCGUCGGCGCUCUGCCAGAGCGACGUCUUCGUCCAGAACGGACAGCCCUGUCGGAAGCAGCAGGCCUACUGUUAUAACGGGAAGUGUCAGCACUACGACAGCCAGUGCCAGGCCAUCUUCGGCACCAAGGCGAAGGCGGCGCCUGACAUCUGCUUCAAAGAUGUCAACAGUAAAGGCGAUCGCUUCGGCAACUGUGGCUACCAGAACUACGGCUACAAGAAGUGUGAGAGCAGGAACGCUCUGUGUGGGAAGCUGCAGUGCUCCAACGUCCAGACCGUCACGGUGUUCGGCAUCGAGCCGUCCAUCAUCAGCACGCCGAUCGCCGGCACCAAAUGUUACGGUGUGGACUUCAUGCUCGGCUCGGACGUCCCAGACCCGGGCAUGGUGAACGAGGGAACCAAGUGUGGAGAAAACAAGGUGUGUAUCAACUUUGAGUGUCGCAGCGCCGACAUUCUGGGCUACGACUGCGACGUGGAGAAGAAAUGUCACGGACACGGGGUGUGUAACAGUAACAAGAACUGUCACUGUGAGAGCGGCUGGGCUCCGCCCCACUGUGAGGUCACAGGUUACGGCGGCAGCGUGGACAGCGGCCCCACCUGGAACGAUAAAGACACCUCUCUCAGAGACGGUCUGUUAGUGUUCUUCUUCCUCGUUCUUCCUCUCCUGGGUCUGGGUGCGUUUGUUUUCCUGCGCAGGAACGAGCUGCUGCGGCGGCUGGGGUGGAGCCGCAGGAAGCGCUCGCAGGGAUACGAGGCCGACAGCAGAGCUCCAGCCAAUCCCAGCAGGGGCCCGCCUCCCAGAGCUCCGCCUCCCCCUGUCACCCGGGGCAACAGCAGCAUCGUCAGAGACGGGCCCGCAGACCAGGAGGAGCAGCAUCAAGCUCAGUUACUGCCACCGGAGCAGGUGGUGCAGACCAGCAGGACAGCUCCCUCCUACGCUCUGAGGCCUCCUCCUCCUCCCAUGAAACCGUCUGCUGCAUCACAGCCUCUCGUGCCUCAAAGACCCGCCCCUCCCCCGCCCGUCUAACCAAUCAGGCAGCGAGGAUCUGACACUCAGGUGUGCCGCUCAAAACACCUGCCCCCCCACCCCACCCACCCCCCUUUCCUCCUCCUCAUCUUUGGUCCCCGCCCACCAAGAGCUGGUUGCCUAGCGACGGCCACGGACAAGCCAACCUGAAGCCAGAAUGGCGGCCGGCCUCAGCUGAACACUGGCUCCUCCCAGCCAAUCAGGGCCUGCUCCUGAGCCGAGCCGCCACCAUCGCCGCCGCCGCCGCCGCUCUGGGAGCUUCCAGGAAACUUUUAUUAGGACUGAAGUGACUCUCUCUCUCUCUCUUCAUAUUAAAGAACCACUGCUGCCGUCUGAUCUGCACCUCCCCUCUGCUCCGCACUGUCACAGGAAUGUAACGCACCCCGCAGGCUCCACACAAACUAACAGCUUCGGGUGCGUUUGAUUUUUUUUCACUGUCCAGAAUUGUAACAACGCCGUAUGCAACGCAGUCCAAGUCAAGGCACCUCACACCGUCCUCUCUGUCUCGGGUCGCAGGCUUUUACUUUGAAACUCUCAGCGCUCACAGCUGACGUUCACACAUCUCUUCUUCUCUGGCUCUCCACGCUUCGCUCUCUGCUGCCACGCCAGACGCAGGCUUUGCCGAGGAAACCCUGGACGGCGUUUCAGGCUCUUCCUCCUCAGACUCAGCAGACCGGCCGCCGCGUGUCGGCUCCGUCUGCAACCACAGGAAGUGGGAGCCGCGGCCGCUGGGACAGAGCCCACGCCACGCGCCCGCGCCACGCGCCAACGCCACGCGCCCACGCCACGCGCCCACGCCACCUACUAAUGGUGUGAAACUGUAGAACCUGGAGCAGGAAGUGUGUCAUGGCGUUGGGUGUUAGCGCGGCGAGGCCGUAGUCGGUCACUGGGUGGAACCGGCCUUUGGCUCACAGGUAUUUCCGGGUGGUUCCCGUUGCCGCUACCCCGAGGCUCAGGUUAAUAUCAGCUAAUCAGAUGCCUCAUUAUCUCUGUUAUUGUUCAUAAAGUUAUUUAAUUUUCUGGCAAAGCCACCAACCACCUGCCAGGUGAGACUCCACAGUUUGUUGGGGUUUUUUGUCUGUUUGUUUAAUGUUUUAGUUUUUUAAUUUGAGUCAAAAUCCAGAGCCGUGCAUCAGUUCUCCCCGUGUCCAGCUGUCGCCAUGGCAACAGGAGCCACCCAGAGAUAAUGCGCCAUGAACCGAAAGGCCCCACGCCGGUCCUGCCCAUUCAGUUUCUAUUGGCUACCAUAACAGCGGGCUAGGCUAACACCCAGGAAGAGAGCCGGAAAAUCCCCUGAGACCUGAAGGCAUCACGGAGCCCGGCGUGAGCCAAACUAAAACGCUCCCGUUCAAAACGUCCCGUUGAAAUCAGCGGAGGCUCAGACCGUCACAGAGCAGGACGACCUGACUGGCUGACAGGCAACGCUUUCCCUCCCCCCCACACACACACACACACACACACACACACACACACUGCUGUCGCCAUGGCAACCUACAGCCUCCUCACCUUUUUUAUUGUAAAGGGUUUUAUAUAGGGAUUCUAUAUAUAUGUUUUUGUUUGUUUGUUUGUUUUGAUUUGUUGAUGCAGUGUUGCUCUGUGGUGUGAACUCUUUGAAAUCAGUUUGAUUUGAUGAUUUAGUUGAUUUUCAUGAUUUUCAUGAUUCCAGCUGAAUGAUGGGAUGUUUGUGUGCAGCAGCAGGGGCCUGCAGGUUUAUCUGCCGCUCAGCUUUUUCUAUUCACCCAGUAAUCGCUGAAGGUCCGAGGCGUGAAGAAGCUGAGGUCUGAUCUUCAUGUCUUCACGUCCUCCCCCUCUGACCAGCAGCCAAAUGAACCCAGUCCCAGUCUGAGUUUGAUACAGAUCUGACCGGAGGAGCGUCUCGUGACAGCAGCUGGUGGUUUCACUGGAUAAAGGACUAAAAUCAUCCAAUUAUCAAUAUUAUAAUCAAUCGUCUGCCCGUUGUUUAUUCUUUCUUCCCUGUUUGGAUCGCCGUCGGCUCCCAGGAAGUGUUUGCUGACGUUCCUCUGGCCGCCGCCGCGCAGAAACAAGCCAUGAUCCAACCUGCACUGAACCGCCACACGGGACAGACACGCCACACGCACACAUCAGUGACAAAAAACACUAACCUGCACCGUGACCCGCGUGACCAGUUACCAUGACAACCACCAGGCAGCGAGACUGUGGAGCCAACAUGGCCGCCAGCCCCAAAGCCCUCCACCAGGAGAGAGCGGCGAGCUCAGCGACUGCACGGCUGAGGCGGCUCCUCUCAGAGGGUCCAGGCCCGUCGGUGCGGCUUCACCCCCGCCCCGCCCUGUGUGGCGUUCAUGUGCAAAUCCCUGUGUUUCCUGAGGUCUCCAGCAGCGUGUGAAGGCAGCGUGUCUGUGUGUGUAUACAGGUGAUAAUAACUUCACUGUACCUGUGUGGAUUACUUUCCUCUAAAGGGCUAAAACAGCUGCAGUGACAUCACGCCGUACGCGUCACUUCCUGUGUGCGCCACCAGCGGAGGAGCUGCCGGUCUCUGAGCUGCGACGCCAAAAACCACCCGUUUUCUUUAAAGGGGCAAAAGGUUCUGACACUUGAGUGGGACAGGAAUGUAUGACGGGGUGGGGGGUGGGGCAAUAUUUUGAGGGAAAAAAACUCUAAAUUUACUCCAUAAAUGUAGCUGGAAAUUUUUUUUCUGCAAGUUUUAAAAUCCAGAUUCAGUCCCAGGCUGUGACCGGGACGACGGCCAUGAUGAUGAUGAUGAUGAUGAUGAUGAUGAUGAUGACACAGAACAUGUGCAUGAGCAGACGUCCAGGUUUGGGCAGAGAUUUGUAUUCAGUGUCUAUGCAGCAGACACCCGUCGCCCGUGGCAACCGAUCCGCCAACCAAUCAGCACGCUUCACUCCUUCUAAAUCCAAACUCACCACUGAACACCGGCGUCUCUCUGAAACAGCAACACGACACCAAACAGCCGCCGGCUCAGCUGCUCAGGGCGACGAGGUCAAGGGUCAAAGGGUUAGGGGUCAGGGGACGAGAACGACGCCCAGAAGCAGAUUCCACACUUCAGCUUGUCACUGCUGCUCUCCCUGCGUAAUCUCCAACACCACGUCGCCCCCUGCAGGUCGGAGCACACAGACACGUUCUCAUCGUUAUACUUUACUUUUUCCAGCAAGUUAACUUCUAAAAAACAUAUAACAUGGAGGGAAGUUAGAUUAGAUUAGCAGCCUAUCAGGUGACCCACGACGUGACAUCUGAUCAGGUCACGACUCUUUUUUUCUGAACUUCUGAUAUGUUUUCUACCGUCAGAUAAAUUGUUGUGGUAAGAGAAAAAAAAUGAAAGUAGCUCACUAAUCCAGUCAUUAAUACGACAACAAGUUAAGUUAAUGGAGUCGAGACGGACUGGAGAAAACGUCCAAUGUCCGUCACUUUUGUCCACAGGGGGGCGCUGCUGAGUCGCUUUGCCAAAACUUCUUCUCUCCAUCAGGAAUGAAACGCCGUCUGGCAUGCCAAAUAUGGAACUGAACAGAAGAUUUAAAAAAACUUUAUUUAUAAGGCACUUUUCCAAAAAGAGGUCACAAAGUGUUUCACAGAAAAGUGAAAAAAAAUUAUUAUUAUUAUUAUUAUUAUUUUUUGAUCUGUAUUUUCUUGAACAGAUCCAACAAACAGAUCACCAAAUGUAAGAGACAGAAACUUCUCACUAAACAAAACCGUGGACAUGGAGAAAACACACACCAUGUGCUGGAGACCGAGCAGACGGAAGGAACCUUCCUUAAAUCACUAUGAAAAAAUAAAAAUAAAAAUAUUGAUAUUGAGUUGUGAGCGAGGUGAAGAGGAAAGUGGCUUCAUCUGCAGACGUUCAGCUUAAAACAAACCACCGCUGCAAAAAAAAAAAAAAAAAAAAAAAAAGAUUUCCCCUGUGUGACGGUGCCAUAAAGACAGACAUCCACUUCAUAUGUUGCUUAAAAAAAAAAAAAAAAAAAAAAAGACAAAAAAAGUUAAUUUUACAAUAUUCUAUCAGAGUAGUGUGUACAGCGGGUCAGGAUGUGUGUAACUGAAGCUGUACGACACACACACACACACACACAGUACUGUAUUGGUGUAGGACUGUUGAUGAUGAUGGUGAUGAUGAUGAUGGUGAUGAUGGUGUUGUACUGAUUGUCUCUGGUGAUCUGAUUGCACUGUUUCUCUGCAGGGUCACUUUGUGGAUCCGGUUCAUGUAAAGGAUCUUGUUCUUUUUCAGCUGGUUGCUUGUUUGAUCGAUGAAUUAAAGCUCAUUGUUCCGCUUCUAC